AAUACAGAUUCCUUUGCAUUUUGUUUUUUAAAGUAAUCCCAUUACUCAUUACUGAAAUUACUUUUAAGUUACUCCCUAAAACUGAUGGUUAUACUUUUACUAGGCUUUUACUUCUAAAUAUCUGGUUCAGUAUUUUUCAGAAUGUCCGUGACACUACUGUGGUAACAUUUCCCUGACAACAGAUUUUGGUACACGUCUUUCUGGGUUGAAUUUGCAGCUGUAGUCUUGGAAAUCGUUCAAACUUCAAGUGCGUAGCUGCAGUGUCGGCCUACAGCAAGAUCAGGCAGAAGAGAACAUGGAUCAUUGACUCCUUCACUAUAGAGGAAGAAUCUCCUGGCCCUUUCCCAUAUGUACUCGGCACUAUUAAUAUAGAGAAAAAAUAUUUAGUAAAUUUUCAACUCAGUGGCAGUGGUGUUGAUAUGGAACCCACAGGUUUGCUGAGCAUCAACAGUAAAACCGGUGAGGUCCUUGUGCAUAAAAAAGUCGACUUUGAGGCCUUUCCAGUCCUCAGGCUAAAGUUCGAAGCAAAGAAUGUCUCAAACAACAAAGUGGACACGAGGCUCGGCGUUGAGGUCAAGGUCCAGGAUAUUAAUGACCAUGCACCGGUUUUUAAACCUCUUAACUAUGAAAAAGCAAUCAAUGAAUCUGAACCUCAAGGUAAAUUGAUUCUGACGGUCUUUGCGUCAGAUGAUGACGAUGUAUCCACCAACAAUGGCACCUUCGAAUUCAGACUCGUCUCAGUCACCCCAAAAACAGAUAACAUUGAAUUUUAUAUAAAACAGAAUAUGGACAUAGGAAGUAUUUAUUUCAAAGGCUGCUUGGACUAUGAGAAAGCCCAGAAAUAUACCCUCCUGGUUGAAGCGAAAGACAACGGAGACAAAGUGCAGUUGUCCAGCACAAGCACAGUGGUCGUGAACAUCAUUGACCAAAAUAAUCACCUCCCUGAAUUCGCUGGUCACACAGGUCCUGGAAAAAUAAAAGAACGAGAGAGCGGAGUGGAAGUUCUGCGUGUACAGAUAAAAGACAAAGACACGGAAGGUUCACCAGCCUGGAAAGCUAAAUUUACUCUUCAUGGAGAUCGGGAAAACUAUUUUAAAAUCCAGACGGAUCCCAAAACUAAUGAAGGAAUUUUGACUGUUAUAAAGGCGAUGGAUUACGAGCAGCAAACUUCAAGAAACGUGUCAAUCAGUGUGGAAAAUGAGGUGCCCUACUUCUACUGUAAAGUGAAAAAUCCUACUUCGGAUGAUUUAUGGGAUGUAGAGACUUUAACUGAAAAGUCCACAAUGAUUGACGCUAAAGCUUUUCAGCUUUAUAACGCCACUAUCGCUAUCGAGGACGUCAACGACCCGCCAGAAUUUGUACCACCUGUUAAAGAAAUAAUGAUCAUGGAGAAUACAAAAGUUGGAACUCUUUUGGAAACCCUUACAGCCAGAGACCCAGAUAAUUCAUUUGGCAGCUCAUUUUACUUUGUUAAAGGAGAAGAUAAAGAUAACUGGGUGACUGUAGAUUCAAAGACUGGGCAGGUUUUUGCAGCCAAGGUUCUGGACAGAGAAUCACCAUUUGUGGAAAACAAUACCUACAGUGUCACUGUGUAUGUUGUGGACAAUGCUGAACCUCCACUGACAGGUACAGGGAUGGUGAUCAUCCAUCUAGGAGAUCAGAAUGAUAAUGUGCCGCAGUUGCAGAAGGCCAGUGAAAAAGUAUAUCUGUGUUUAUCAGACGAAGAAACUAUGACUAACAUCACUGCUGAAGAUCUGGAUCUUCCACCAUACAGUGAACCAUUCCACUAUGAGCUCCUGGGAGAUGUCAAGGGAAAUUGGAGAAUUGAACCGAACCCUGGAACGACCGUAAAUCUUAUCCGAGAGAAGAACGUACUUUCAGGCCGUUAUAUGCUUCAGAUCAAAAUAUUAGACAACCAAGGCUUCGGUUUGGUCCAAAACGUGUCCGUCACUGUGUGUGACUGCAGCAUCACACCAAACUGCCAUGUUCAAAGAUCCGUGUCUGCACAACCGAGUCUUAGUGCCAUUGGGAUCAUAAUCUUUGCUUUCUUGUUACUGCUAGUGUUCCUUCUAAUGGCUCUUUUGCUAUCGUGCAAACAACAGAAAGCUAUGAUCCCAAGUGAUGAUGCUCCUGACUGGUAUCUUAUUAACUCCAACAUUGAGACACCUGGAACAGAUUGCAAGUUGCCACCUAAAGCGUUUCAAAUGGACAUGAGUGAGAACAACAUGAAGACAUCCAAAUAUGUUGAAGCUCAAAAUGGGAUUUCCACUAAGGAGUUACUGGUUCACAACGGCUUUGGAUCAUCCAGUGAACAACAAAUCAUUAGGAGAUCUCUCCGACGGAGUUCGACAAGACGUUCUUACAGACAGAUGAACAAUUACGACAUGACGCAAUCAAUGAGCAGAAACUAUUCCACUUACUACUCAGAUGACCUUCAUAUGAGAGAAGCAUUGUUGAUCCAGCUUGAUCAUAGCCUCCUCCAACUCCAGAACCCACAAGAGGAGCUUGGUGAUUAUAAACCACACUGCUAUGCAGACGAAGGAGAACUCGAGACGGACCCAAACCUUGAUACCCUCUCCUUUCCUGAGACAGAUUUCAAUCUAGACAUCUUUACAAAUUUAGAUAUCCAAUUCAACAAAUUGGCAGCUGUGUGCAGACCUGAUCUAAUGUCAUAGUAUGAGAAAACACUGAAACAUUAAUAAUCGUUAAAUAUUUUAGCUCGCUCUUCGUGAGCAGCUUAAGGUUAGUGUUGUAAGUUUGAAAGGCACUGACAUAUGUAGGUUAUUCUGAAUUAGCAUACCUACCUCAUGUAUGGAUGGACGGAAAGAUGGGCACCUGUUUGACCGGUUUGCUUCCACUUCCUACAAACUUGCAUAUCGUCAAUGUCAGGUGGAAUCCUCGUAUCUCCAAAACCGUUAUCUUUCAGGAAAUGAAAACAAUAUAUUUGAACUGGCUACUCAACAUCGCUCCUAGGUUUUGUUUUAUAUGAGUGUGGGUACAGUAUGUGUGUGUGAACUAACAUCCAACCCAGGAUGAGACCCUGGUUGGGUUAAGGCACUUACUGAAGAUAAAAGAAUGAUGGGAACAAUAUUUUUUUAAAGAAAACAGCAUUGGUUGCAGCUAUAAUUGGGUUGUAUUGUAUCUUAAGUUCUGUGUUAGUAGUUGGUGGAAGAUUUUUUUUAACUCAAAGUACUUAUAAUUUUACUGGGAAAGACCUAAGAAUUUUUUUGGAGAGGAAUUUAUUUUAUGAUAAUUAAACAUAUUAAAGGUGUAAUGCAAUACCACUAACGGUAUCUGUGUAGCGAUGUAAAUAUCUGCAUCUGUAUUCAGAUCUGAACCGCUGCCAGAAUGUAGCUUUGUAGCUGGGACACAGUGCUGCGGUGAGUCAGAACGGUGUCCUUUAAGCAGCAUUUCAUUAAAAUGUCCACGGAUAUUCUAAAAAGAUUUUCUUUUAAAAACAACGGAGAACAUGUAUAAUGUCGCUUGGAAGUUUGUGAACCCUUUAGACAUUUUUAGAUAUCUGCAUAUAUAUGGGGGGCACGGUGGCUUAGUGGUUAGCAUGUUCGUCUCACACCUCCAGGGUUGGGGGUUCAAUUCCCGCCUCCGCCUUGUGUGUGAGGAGUUUGCAUGUUCUCCCCGUGCCUCGGGGGUUUCCUCCGGGUCCAAAGACAUGCAUGGUAGGUUGAUUGGCAUCUCUGGAAAAUUGUCCCUAGUGUGUGAUUGCGUGAGUGAAUGAGAGUGUGUGUGUCCUGCGAUGGGUUGGCACUCCGUCCAGGGUGUAUCCUGCCUUGAUGCCCGAUGACGCCUGAGAUAGGCACAGGCUCCCCGUGACCCGAGGUAGUUCGGAUAAGCGGUAGAAGAUGAGUGAGAGUGCAUAAAUAUGACCAUAAACAUCAGAUUUUCAGACUUGCUCAUUUUUUAUAUUCAGGAAAAUGUAUUAAUAUUAUAUAUCUGUGAGAGGGACAAGUGUAAGGUCAAAUUCGAGUCCAUCUGAUUUUGGUCAACGAGAAGACAAUCAGGUCUCUGUGAGGGUCCUAUUUUAUUUAAAGAACAGAGAUGUAUCAAAAUCUGACGUUCAUGUCGUGAGUUUGUGGAAGAGGAUCAUUGAAGAUUUCUGAGGACUUGAGAAAAAGAGUUAUUGUUGCUCAUCAGGUUGGAAAAGGUUCUAAAGAGUUUGGACCAUUGGUACUUUCUUAGAAGCGGUCAACCAGCUAAGAUCACUCCAAAAGAAAGACAUGUGACAGUCUGUUGAGUCAGAAAGGAAUACAGAGGGGAACUUCUAAUCAACUAAAUGCCUCGUUUACUUUGGCUUAUGUUAACGUUCAUGAGUCUGUCAUCAGGUGAACACUGAACAACUUCGGUGUGCAGGACAGAGUCACAAGGAGAAAGUCUCUACUCUCCAAAAAGAACAUUGCUGACCAUGAAGUUUGCUAAAGAUCAUGUGGACAAGCCAGAAGACAUUUUGUUUUAAAUAUGAAGAAUUAUUUUUGGAGAAAGGAAAAUGCUGAAUUCCAGCAUAAGAACCUUAUACCGUCUGUGAAACAUGGUGGUGGUAGUAUCAUGCUUUGGGCCUGUAUCGCUGCAUCUGGGCCAGGGCAGUUUGCACCAUGAAUUCAGAAUUAUUCCAGUGAUCUCUAAAUGAAAAUGGCAAGACAUCUGUCCAUGAACUGAAUCUAAAAAGAAUGGGUCAUACAUCAAGACAACGAACACAUGCACUCUGUACCAAAGGAUGAAGAACAAAGAGGAACACAGAUGAUGUUUUAGAAUGGCCAAGUCAAUGUCCUGACUUUAAUCCAAAAGAAAAAUUGUGAAAGAGCCUGAAGCAACUAGUUCAUAUGAGGACACCCAAUAAAAUCUGAGUGUUGAAGCUCUUCUGUACUGUGGAAUGGAAGAAAAUUCUUCUAAGCUGUUGCGCAGAACCGAUGAAAAGUUACUGGACAAUUUACUUAGUUAUUGCAGCACAAGGACUCACAACAGAUACCGAACGCAAAGGUUCACGUACUUGGAGUCACAGACAUGUAAUGCUGGAUAAUUUUUCUCAAUAAUUAAAUGAAGAAAUAUAAUAUUGUUGGCUGGUUUGUUUGAUUGUGUUCACUUUGUUUUCUUUUAGGACUUUUGUGAAAAUCUGAUGAUGUUUUUUUGUCUUAUUCAUGCAGAAAUAUAGGAAUUUCUAAAGGGUUCACAAACUUUCAAGCAACACUGUAUAUUUCACACCAAUAAAAAAAUGAACAAUAAAAAAAUACUUUUGUAAAACUGUUGUGUUGAACAUUACAUGGUCUACGUGGGCUAUGAGAGAAUUAGAUCUAUACAUAAAACGUGAAAUAAUGAAUGUCAAGAUUCAAGCCCAGUUUGUGCAGAUAUAAUAAUAAUAAUAAUAAUAAUAAUAAUAAUAAUAAUAAUAAUAAUAAUAAUAAUAAUAUUUCCAUGGACUCACUUCCAUCAGAGAAUAGAAGCAUUAAGAUGAGUCAGUGAUACAGACACAUUUAGAACAAUUACACAAGAAAUGAUCAUUUUUAAAUUAUAGCCCUCAACUGCUCAGCUGUGUUAAGACUGGAUUCAUAUGUAAAUUGUUUUGGAUAUGUGUCUGCAAAAUAAAUAAAAGUCUUUUUAAAUGUA